AUGUUCGAUGGUCAGUGUGAGUGUCAGAGUCUGAGGCUGCCGGUCAGUGCAGAGGUGACCAUGAUGACCCUCAACUCUGCCUCUGUUGCUGGACUUCUGCUCACACUGUCAGGUUUGGCAGCGUAUGAGCUGAUCCAGGAGAAGUCCAAGUCAGUGACUCUGAAGAGCACAGUGAAGAUACUCUGCACUGCACAAGAUGAUGAAUAUUACAUUUCAUGGUACCAACAAAAAGCUGGUGGUGUCCCAAAGUUUCUGCUGCGAAAUGAUGAAAGAGCCUCUGGGUUACCCAGCAGGUUCACCUACACUGACUCCAACAACCAGGAUUAUCUGAACAUCAAUGGAAUAGAAGCUGAAGAUGAAGCCGUCUACUACUGUGCUUGCACGAAAGUUGUGAUUUCUGAUCAUCCAGCAUCUCCUCCAUCGCUGGCCCUGCUGGCUCCCUCCCAGUCUGUCCAGUCUGGAGAGGUCAAUGUGGUUUGUAUGGCGAGGGGCUUCCACCCUGACAGUGUUGCUCUGUCCUGGGCUGAGGACGGCAGCGCUGUGGCGGGUUCUGAGGUCCAGACUGGAUCAUCCCAGCGCCAGCCCGACGGCACCUUCUCCCAGAGUAGCAUCCUGAAACUGAAUGCUGGACGCUGGACCUCAGGACGCACCUACACCUGCAGCCUGACCCACCCAGCACUGACCAGCACACUGACCAAGAGUGUCAGUGUGGGUCAGUGUAGCUAGAGCAAUCACAUAAGGCGCCAAUAUAUCAAAAGGCUCACUGAUGCUAACACAGCUUGUUACAUUUCUUGGUAAAAUAUGCUCAGCCUGAUUUGCAUAACUUCCCCACCCACCAUAUGAAAGACUGGUGUUUCGUAAUGUUCCAUGUCUACUGUUGAAAUUUCAUAUCAGUACUAUUGAUUUUAUAUUCUGCAAAGUUCUAAUAAAAGUCAACAUGAUGUCAGUUUAUAUGUCAGCAAUUACACAUCCUGUUCAAUGUGCUAUAAAAGCUAAAUGUCUCAUGUCGUAAUGUCGUUGUAUUGCUGAGUAAAUGCAAGUUUUCUGAGUAAAAUGUCUCUGCUAUCACAUCAGAAUCUGGACUUUUAAUUGA